AUGGAGACUUGGGAGAAGCCAAGAGUUUCAUCUUCUAGAGAUCAUCAUUACCGUCAACCUUCCUUCUCCUCCACUCUCCUCGACCAAAUCUACCGCUCCAUAGACGACUCUCCUCCCCUAGAAUCCACUAGAAAGAAGAAACAACCACACUCUCUCCACCAUGAACAUGCUCCAAUCUUUCACCGCCGCUCCAUCGCCGCUGAAUUGGAGAGAUCACGGCGAACCAACACCUCCUCCUCCUCAGUUUUCCUCAGAUAUUCCAACUCAAGCUCCUCUGACUCAAGCGGGUUCUCCUCCUCAGAGUCAAACUCUUUUUACCUACGCUCAAAACCCUCUUCCUCUCCUCCUCCACACACACGUCAACCAAACCCUAUUCGAACCUCGGCCAUCGAGAAACCUAGCAGCAAACAAGAGCACGGUAGUUUCUUGAGAACAAAGUCAAAGGCGUUAAAGAUCUACACCGACUUGAAAAAAGUGAAACAACCUCUCUAA